AUGUCAACAAAGGGUCCUAGUAUUGCUCCGAGACAGCUGUCGGUGGCCCAGUCGCCGAUAGCUAUUGCUGGUUCUCCUCCAUCCUCGGCUUCCGCGAGCUCAACACCGAGAAGUGCAGCCAGUCCCAACACCCACAAUAACAAUGCAACAUCCCCACCAAACAAUCCUACCGCUAGAAGCUUAACCACAAAGAGUGUUACCCUGAUUAUGACAUCAAAGGAAUGGGUUUUGCCUCCUAGACCUAAACCAGGUAGAAAACCUAGUGUCGAUACCCCGGCAUCCAAAAGAAAGGCACAAAAUAGAGCAGCACAAAGGGCCUUUAGAGAACGAAGAGCCACUAGGGUCCAGGAGUUGGAAGAGAAACUAAUGGAAGUUGAAAAGGAAAAGGAUAUAAAGGAGAUGGCAUUGAUUAAUACGAUAAAUAAGUUAAAGGCAGAAAAUAACUUUUUAACAAAGAGUAUGGAACAAAUACGACAAGAAAUGGCCAUGUUUAGAGCAUCCCAGGAGGAGAUAAGACUGCAGGUGCCACAACAACAAGGACAACAGCAACAAACACAGCAACAAAACAUUGCACCUGCGCCUCCUCAACAAUUUUCCAAACGUCAUUCAAGUAAUACAUCAUCAUCUUCUUAUUCACAACUUUCACUUCAGCCUGCACAACAACAACAGCAGUCACAGCAACAACAACGACAACAACAGCAAUACUUUGCAGGGUUCAAUGCAGGUCAGAAUCCAUCACCGCUGAAUAACAUCUCACCAGCUGGCUCGUCAUAUUCUUUACAGCAGAUAUCACCUGCACCUUCCGCAGAUCUGCCACCCAAUGGUACUACAAGAAAUAGCUUCCAACCUCACGGUGUGAUCAGUCGAAAUAAUAGUAGUAAUAGCAACAGCACGCAGCACACAUUGACACCCGUUUCCAACAAUAAUACACCCGACAAACUCUUUGCAUCCAACAACAACAAUAAUAAUGGAGGAGUUGAUUCAUCGGAAUUUGAUUGUGGUGUGUGUAUCAAAGAUGAAUGUUUAUGUGAAUCUGUGGGAUUGAAGGAACCUCACAAGACCGAAGCAGAACGAGAAUUAGAAAACCAAUUGAACUCAAUUAAACCUCAAGCAGCUGUAACACUUCGUCGGAAGAGAAAAGCACAAAGUAUUAAUGAUGUCGAAGAAAUAGAUUUCACCAGACAGUUCGCCACUAAAGCUAAACCUAUGCCAGAUUUGAAUAAGCUACGAAAACAAGACCAGAAACUGAGUAACACUGUUGUUUCAGUAACUAAACACAAUCACCAGCAUAAUCAGCCACGAUCAAGAUCAAUUGACAAGAUCGACAAUUCUGAUUUCAAUGAAGACUCGCCAAUGGAGAAUUGUGGAUUUUGUUCAGAUGAUACGCCAUGUGUUUGUCGUGAAGCGGCCAAAGAAGCAGCCAGACUCAAUGCCUCAUUGAAUGGACCUAAUAAUAUCAUUGUCGAGGAAGAAGAGGAACAAGUGGAUGGUGAAACUAAUGGGCAAGGCAGCGAUCAUAACACCCUACCUCCAUUACAAUUCAAUUUAACUAGCAAUAACAACAAUACCAAAAUGGCUCUUCCUGUGAUGCAUCCUGGCCCUUCAGUCGAGAUACGAGAUAUAACAAACUUGACACCGGGGGCAGUGCCAACAGUAAUACCAAGACCAAACCAAUCAUCUACAGAAUCGUCAUCAUCAUCAUCACAGCCACAAACGGAGGAAGACGCCAAUUCAAAUGAAGAUACUGGUAGUGGGUGUACAGGAAACCCGGGUACAUGUAAACAAUGUCAAAUGGAUCCGAUGUCUACCUUAUUCUGUACAACAGUUGCUUCUAAAAGCAAUGACUCUUCAAUACGACCCAAUCUAUCAAGGAACAAUUCAAGAGCGUCACUCCUGUUGAAUUUUGGACCCAACACACCUAGUGCAAGUGGUGCCAACAACAAAAACAAUAAUGCACCAAGUCCUAUCCCUCCGCCGUUAAUCGCCACGAACAGCUCAAAUAAUCUCGCCGCUAGUCCUGGUGCAGGUUUAAGUGGUUUGUCGGCACUUGUACCAACGACUCCUGGAAGUGUAUCCAACAAUGGCAACAACAGUGAUUCUUCAACAGGUGGCAUGUUUAUUCCUUGUGCUGAUGCAUACAAGACGUUAUCUCGUCAUAAGAAAUUUAAUAGUGUUGACUUUAGUACAUUGGUUGGCAAGUUGACUACAAGAGGUAUGCAAGUUGAGGUUCAAUCAGUAGCAAAUGUCUUGCGAGAAUUGGAUCGAAGACUAUACAAUUGA